GCGGCUCAGGCGGAAGUUGCAGCUUGUGUUUCAUUCAACAUAAAGAAAACCGCGCAGAGCCUGGUCUUUCAAGCAUUUACAGAAGAAAACACGUAAAUGCGGACACUGAAAAGACUGAAACUGGACAGAGGCAUCGAAGGAGUGUUCUACUAAACACUGAGGACCGGACAGAAAUUUAAAGAAGCUUUUUGCGUGAAACCUAUUUCCCUGUUUUUGAGUCGAAGACAGAAGAUCUUUAGCCUCGGGGUUGAGUCAUGUCUCGCAGACGAAGUCGCAGCUCAUCACCUCCCGUCCCCUACCACCCGUGCAACAGUAGUGAUCCACGAGAUCUCGAGAGGCGCAUUUUUGUCGGGAAUUUGCCAACCUCUGAAAUGGACAAGAAGGAUUUAGAAGAGAUGUUCCGCCCGUAUGGAAAGGUUCUCGGCGUUUCCCUGUUGCGUGGGUUUGGAUUUGUUCAGUUUGAUCGUGUUGAGGAUGCCGAAGCUGCAAAGGCAGGCCAUAAGGGUCGAAUAUUUAAAGGUUAUAAGAUAGAUGUAAAUAUGGCUGUGGAGCGACGAAACCAAAAAGCACAAGCACAGCAGAGCCCCCCACGAAGGCCUCCACCCAGUUCUUAUGGAGGGAGAGACCCCCGCCCUCGGUCUCGUUCACCCAAUUACAGUCGAGAGGGACGUGAGCCUCGGGACGGCCGCGAUGCUCGGGACAGCCGCUCCAGCCGGGACAGUUUCCGCGGCUCUGAGAGCAGAGAUAGGGAUGAGUAUGACCGACAUUAUCGGGGCGCACCGUCUGAGGACUUUUUUCGUAGAAAAGAGGAGAGUUUCAGGGACUUCAGAGAUCCGAGGAAUGGACGGCGUGAGCUGGAGGAUGAUCACAUGAGACCAGAGGAGCGACGCCGCAACGAACUCUACAGACAGUAUUAUGAAGAACUGCAGCGACGCCAGGACUCGGAGCGGCCAGUCGACUGCUCCGUCAUUGUGGUCAAUAAGGCACAGAAUCGGGAGUACGCUGAGACCGUUGGGAGGAAGGUGCGUGACCUGGGGAUGGUGGUGGACCUGAUCUUCCUGAACACAGAGGUGUCUCUGACUCAGGCUCUGGAGGAUGUGGGACGAUCCCGCACUCCCUUCGCCAUCAUCAUUACCCAGCAGCACCAGGUCCAUCGCUCCUGCACCGUAAACAUCCUGUUUGGGACUCCUCAAGAGCAUCGUAACAUGCCGAUGCAAGACGCAAUGAUGCUGAUCGCCCAUAACUUUGACACAUACAAAGUCGAAAGCCGUGACAAGGAACGUGAAGAAAUCGCCCGGAAAGCUGCUAAAAUGGCAGAUGAUGUUCUGCUAAGAGAAGCAGACAGAGAGAGUCACCCAGUGUCUGCUCUCACUCCAAUCACACUUCUGUAUGAAAACAGAUUUGUAACCCCAGAGGAGCUGGACAUUCUCAUUGCAUAUCUGAAGGACAAAAGGGCCCGACUGGGACGGCCCACUGUAGAUACUCUCGCAGCCUCACUGGGAGCUCCUCCUCCUCCUCCUGCUGCGGGACAGCCCCCUCCGAGCCGCCCCCUGUCCUCUGUCCCAGGAGCUUCACCCUCUUCGAGUAACCAGCAGGAGCUGCAGGCGAAAAUCCUCAGUCUGUUCACCAACAGCAGCUCCGCCGCGUCUGCGAGUGCUCCCCCUGUAGGCGCAGUACCCUCACAGGGCUACGGCGCCAUGGCCCCUUCGUCUCAUUCGGCCUCGUCUCAGGCCCCGCCCGGCCCGCACUCCGCACUGGCUCAUUCUGCGCCGGCCCAGGGUUACGGCGCUCCGCAGGGCCGUUUGCCUCCGCCUGGGCACAGACCCCCAAACCCUUCAGCUGGGAUUAACUUUGACAGCCCCAGUGUGCAGAAAGCUCUGGACACGCUCAUGCAGAGCGGACCCUCCCUCAACCACCUGGUGGCUCCAGGAGCUCCACAGCACCCCCCACCCAGACCGGGCCCCGGCAUGGGACAGAUGGGACAGAUGGGACAGAUGGGACAGGCGCCCCCGCCCAUGUCCAUGUACCCUCGGCCGUACUGAGCCCUGGUGUAGACUGUGCUCCUUCUUUGUUCUUCUGAAAUCUUAGUUGUGUUUGGGCCUGAAUAAGACUAAAGUUUAGUGUUUUAUUUUAUUUUAAACGUUAUAAACUGAACCUUGCACAGAUCAGACUUUUGUCCAUAAGAGGAAGUGCUGCAUGACUUUUGUUUUAUAACAGAUACUUACCAGCGUUUGUAGUUUAACUGUUGGGUGUUUUUAAUUUUUGGAACAUUAUUAAAAGAAACAAGACAAUUAAAAAAAUACAAAUAUACUCCACUGCUGUAUUAAAAUGGUAUUGGUUUAUUGCAUUUUGUGCUGACAAAUCUAUAAAAUGGAACGGGUAUCGCCAGAAGCCAUAGAUACUGUAUAAGCCUUUGAAAUGUUAAGAUAAAACUACUUUUUCCUCUUUUAAUGUACCAUGAAACACAAUAGAGAAUACAUGUUUUUAUUUGUAAUAUUUAACUUACACUGACAAAAUAAACACCUCCAC